AUGGCGAUCGAAGUCGUCCCCUUGACCGAGGCCGAUAUCCCUGGCGCCAUCCAAGUGAUUCAAAGAGCUUUCGAAGAUGAUCCAUACUACCAAUGGGUAUUUGAUGCCUCCACGUUCAGCAAGAAACGGAACUAUGACUCGCUAGCUGCGCGCUGCCGCUGGGGCAUCAACAAUGCAAUAUUCCAGGUAGCCAAGGACACCUCCGCAACGGUAGAGAAUCCAGUAUCUUCCCCUGUCCUUGGAGUCUCCUGCUGGAUGGCUCCACAGCCAGCUACCCAGCCUGAGAGCUGGUACUCCUGGUAUCAAGGGUGGGUCCUUUCGUUCAACCAAUUCCUCACUAAUAUACGAUAUCUUGGACACGGAGGUCUGCGCACGAACCGCUAUUGGAUUUGGAAAGAGAAUCAGCAGAAAGCUCAGGCGCAAAUUUGGGAUGACCCGCGUGGAUACUAUUUUUGCAAUAUCGUGGCUGUGAGUCCCGAGGCGCAAGGGAAGGGGAUUGGGAAACUUCUCUUCGAGACGGUUACAAAGCGGGCUGAUCAGGAGGGUAUCAAAUGCUAUUUGGAAAGCUCGAAGAGUGUGCCUAAUGUGCAGAUCUAUGAGGGUAUGGGGUUUGAGAUGAGUCGGGAGAUGGAAUGCCGUGACGGAGACGAUGCUUGCAUGCUUUACUGCAUGAUGCGAAACCCCCGAACCAAGUGA